AUGACAGAUUCCGACUUAAAAUCUCACAAUAGCAAAGUAUUCGACAAGGGAUAUUUUGGUUGCGGAAUCUACCAAGGAUUUUCAGCUGAUUAUGCAAUUUACUAUGCUGAACGCUAUAAACAGUCAGACGAAAUUAUUCUCAGUGCUGUGCUAUCAGGCCGAUCGUACACAGUGAAGAAAGCUGGCGAAAAACUCGGCCGAAAUUGUGAGCCCGGCUUUGAUUCACAUAUAUCACCUGAAGCUAAAGAAAUUGUUUUGUUUCAAUCUGCACAAGUAUUACCUAUAUUUAUUAUUCGAUUUGUACGUGUGGCUAGUACACAGAUCGUUGAAGAGGAACUAUGA